AUGGCACUCUUAGCCGAUGGUGCUAUUCAGCGAUUGGGCUCCAGACAGGAGGCAGCCCUCGCUGAGCUCAAGCGUGUGCUAAAGCCUGGAGGCCGCCUCUAUGCAAUCGCCUCUGACGAUGAUACAAAGGCCUUCGACGGUGAGUGGCAGAACGGCAUGAAGGGCUCCAUUUUCGACCAGGCUGGAUUUGAGCUUGUUGCUGCCAAGCAAGGUGAAUGUGGCCUCACGGUUGGAUAUUGGAGGAAGAAAGGAGUGAAGAAGAAACAAGCCAAAAAGAAGAAGGCAACAUCCUUUGGAGUGGACCCGAAAGAGCUCAAUGCACUCUUGGACGGUGAUGAUUAG